GGGACGGCGGCACAUGACCCCUUCGGAACCAAUCGGCUGUUCCCGGAGCCGCUCCGGCGAGAGGCUGUCGGCAAAGCUCGCUCCUCUCGCCCGCCUCCUCCCGCGGCGGCGGCGGCGGCGGCGCGCGUGGACACACACACACACGCGCGCGCACACACACACACACACACACACAGCCCACACACGCACCCGCACCCACGGACGCACACACGCACCCACAUACAUGCACACGCGCGCCCGCCGCCGCACGCUUUCGCGCACACGCCCCGGGGGAAAGGAAGGAACAGCGGCCGGACGCCCCACAGCCCCCGCCGCCGUCAGGAGCCCCCACCACCAUCGCCACCGCCGCCGGCUUUUGUCUGCCGCCCCCGCCGGGAGCCGACCCUCCGCUCGGCCGGCGACCGCCCGGGAGCAUGGACGCGGCGCUCUGAGAGCCGCGAGGGGGACCCGCCGGGGGCGGAUUUUGAAGUUUGAAUAAGGAUUUUUAUCGCUUCCCUUUCCCCCUUCCCCCUUCUCUCCCCCUCCGGUGCGGUUCAGUCCCUUCCCCCAUCUUCCCUGACAGUUUGUUUUUUUUUUUUCCCUUGAGCUUUUUUUUUAAAUCCACCGCGUGGGGUUGGAUUUUUUUUUUUUUUCAUAAUUUUUUUAUUUUAUUUGGUAUACCCGUCUCUACCGCCCGUAGAGACCGGUCUCCCCGGGCGGCCGCCGCCGAGCGCCACCCCCGACCCGCGGGGCUGCCAUGGAUCGCACCGGCGGCUCCGGCGGGGGCAGCGACCGCAGGCAGACCGAGGAGAGCAAGCCGCUGCUGGGCGAGAUGUCCGCUCCCGAGGGGAAUAAAAUGGGUGCCGCGCCGUGCCGGAGAGCCCUGCUCCACUGCAACGGCAUGAGGUACAAGCUGCUGCAGGAGGGGGACAUCCAGGUGUGUGUCAUCCGGCACCCCCGGACGUUUCUCAGCAAGAUCCUCACCUCCAAGUUCCUGCGGCGGUGGGAGCCGCACCACUUGACCCUGGCGGACAACAGCGUCGCUUCGGCCACGCCAACUGGGUACAUGGAAAACUCCAUUUCCUACAGUGCUAUUGAAGAUGUUCAACUGCUCUCCUGGGAGAAUGCCCCUAAGUACUGUUUACAGCUCACAAUCCCAGGGGGUACUGUCUUACUGCAGGCUGCAAACAGUUACCUGAGGGAUCAGUGGUUCCAUUCCUUGCAGUGGAAGAAAAAGAUUUACAAGUACAAGAAGGUGCUCAGUAACCCCAGCCGCUGGGAGGUGGUGUUGAAGGAGAUCAGGACGCUGGUGGACAUGGCGCUGACGUCUCCGCUUCAGGAUGACUCUAUUCACCAAGCACCACUGGAGAUCGUCUCAAAACUGCUCUCAGAGAACAACAACUUAACCACUCAAGACCAUGAGAGCAUUAUUGUGGCAAUUGCACCUUUGCUGGAAAACAACCAUCCUCCUCCUGACCUCUGUGAAUUCUUCUGCAAGCACUGCCGAGAGCGCCCGCGGUCCAUGGUUGUGAUAGAAGUGUUCACACCAGUGGUACAGAGGAUUCUCAAACACAACAUGGAUUUUGGGAAGUGCCCUCGGUUGCGGCUGUUUACUCAGGAGUAUAUUCUGGCUUUGAAUGAGCUGAAUGCUGGAAUGGAGGUGGUGAAGAAGUUUAUUCAUAGCAUGCAUGGUCCAACUGGACAAUGCCCCCAUCCCAGGGUCCUGCCAAAUCUUGUAGCUGUCUGCUUAGCAGCCAUUUAUUCAUGUUAUGAGGAAUUUAUCAACAGUCGAGACAAUUCGCCAAGCCUGAAGGAAAUUCGGAACGGCUGCCAGCAGCAGUGUGACCGAAAGCCUAAUCUCCCCCUCCGCCUUCUUCACACAAGUCCUGACCUGGUCUCUCAAGAGGCCACCUUGACUGAAUCCCGUCUGAAACCAGUUAUUGUCACUUCAAAUGAGAUCCAUGUGGAAGUGGAGCGCAACAACACAGCUAAUCAGAAGAUGACAGCCAACGUUGGCAAUGACAGUGAGCCCAACCUGAUUGACUGCUUGAUGGUCAGCCCUACCUGCAGCACCAUGAGCAUCGAGCUGAGUGCCCAGGCAGACAGGAUCCUUGGCUGUUAUGUUGAAAUACUCAAGAUGCUGUCAGACUAUGAUGAUUGGAGACCAGCACUGGCCAGCUUGCUUCAACCUAUCCCAUUUCCCAAGGAGGCUCUUGCACAUGAGAAAUUCACAAAGGAGCUGAAAUACGUGAUUCAGAGAUUUGCAGAAGACCCAAGGCAAGAAGUCCACUCAUGUUUGCUGAGUGUGCGGGCUGGCAAAGACGGCUGGUUCCAGCUCUACAGCCCUGGAGGAGUGGCAUGUGAUGAUGAUGGAGAGCUGUUUGCCAGUAUGGUUCAUAUUUUAAUGGGAUCUUGCUAUAAAACAAAGAAGUUCCUGCUUUCACUGGCUGAAAAUAAAUUAGGACCUUGCAUGCUACUGGCUUUGAGGGGUAACCAGACGAUGGUAGAGAUUUUGUGUUUGAUGCUGGAAUACAACAUCAUCGAUAAUAACGACACCCAGCUCCAGAUCAUCUCUACCCUGGAAAGCACAGACGUGGGAAAGAGAAUGUAUGAACAGCUGUGUGACAGGCAGAGGGAGUUAAAAGAGCUGCAAAGAAAAGGUGGUCCCACAAGGUUAACACUGCCAUCCAAGUCCACAGAUGCAGACCUGGCCCGCUUGCUAAGCUCGGGGUCUUUUGGAAAUUUGGAAAACCUCAGCCUGGCCUUUACCAAUGUGACAAGUGCUUGUGCUGAGCACCUCAUUAAACUGCCUUCACUCAAGCAGCUGAACCUGUGGUCAACUCAGUUCGGAGAUGCAGGGUUGCGGCUUCUUUCUGAACACCUCACGAUGCUGCAAGUGCUCAACCUGUGCGAGACUCCUGUCACAGAUGCUGGACUGCUGGCACUUAGUUCCAUGAAGAGCCUGUGUAGUUUAAAUAUGAACAGCACCAAACUUUCAGCGGAUACCUAUGAAGAUCUCAAGGCUAAACUACCCAAUCUGAAAGAAGUGGACGUCCGCUACACCGAAGCGUGGUGAACUCUCCCUGCCUCUGACUCUUCUCUUUUGCUUCUCGUGAGAAGGAAAAGAUUUUUAAAACAAACAGAGAAAAACAAACCAGAAAAUAACUUUUGGCUAAUACCUGUAGAGCAGUGAGUCCUGGGACUUUGGUGGUAGGAGUUGUGGUUGUGGGGUAGAGGAGUGGCGUUGUGUGUGUCGGGGGGGACGGGGCAAGCCUGGACCCGGCCGGAUUCUUUCAGCUUUGUGAUUUUGGAAUCAACAUCAUUUAAAUUGAAAAGAAAAGGAAAAAAGAAAAAAGAAAAAAAAAAAAAAAAAGACUUUGUAGCAGCAAGAGGAUUAUAAAGAGGAAAAAAACACCUUUGUGGAUUUUAUUUGCCUUUGUGUUUUAUGCCGUGUGGAGAAAAAAAAAAAUAAUUAAUUUGUCAUUAUUUACCUGGGUUUCCUUGGCUGGUAUCCAUCCAGUCAGAACUCCUCUUUCCCCAGUUUUGCUCCAGAAAAUCAAACUUACAAAAAUCUCGAGAGAAGAAAACCAAAACCAAUAUGAUUUUCACCUCCCCCCGUGUCCUUGCAGUUGUUAUGCAAAGUAAUUUUGUUGUACAUAAGAUUUACAUAAUACACCUAUUUAAGAAAAUGGUUCACAAAUAACAGGUCUGGGACCUGUCUUUUAUUUAUGAAUUGUUAAUUCUUUUACCCUUUUUUUGCGUAUAGUACUGUAUAAACUAGUUUGCUGUCUUGUUGUUAUUAUUAUUUUUUUUAAAAGGAAAUGUCCUCCUUGAAGAAUUGCCUUUUAGUAAUGCAUACUGUAUUAUACUCCCUCUCUGUCACAACAUUCAUCGCGUUUUCUUUUUGAUUUCAGAAUGCCUCAAACAUUAUCAAAUAGGAAGGAAAAUAACUAUCAAGGGGGGGUAUGGUUGGUGGGGGAAGGGGUGAAGGGAUUAAUAAACGUCCCAUUUCCUUCCGAAGUCUGAAAACUUUCUUUAGUCUUUCAAACCGUGUCAGGUUUAAACACGGGAGAUGGGGGAAAAAACGUCAUUUAUUUUGCCAACGGGGUAUUCACAAAACUGUAGAUUUUACAAGUUGCCUCGGUUGUUUUCUGUUUACGUCCGAUAUUUCAAAAAGAGAAAAAAAAGCUCUCCCUCCAUUUUGCAUCAGCUUUUUCUGUUUUUGUUGGGGUUUUUUUUUUUCCCCUCCUCUUCUCUGCCCUCCCCUCCCUCCCUGUACCUGUUCUGUGCACGCAUUGUUCUGCAUGUUCCUCUGGGGAGACUGAAAAAAUAGCGUUGUUGCUGAUCCGAUAGCUCUGACCUGUCUGUAAAUGUGACUGCUACAUUUUUCAAAUUCCACAACUGCUUAGGAGAUGAUUUUUUUAAAAAUUGUUGUUUCUUUUAUAACUAUGCUGUUGACUUUUUUUUUCAUAAUGAGCCUUCAUUGUACAGAGCUGCUUAUUUAAAAAAAAAACCAAACAAAAAAACAAAAAGAAGGUUUUCCUCUGUUUAACACCUUUAUUUUAUCCUUCAGCACCUCAAGGGUUUCACAUACAGCCAAUGUAAUUUUUUAUAUAUAAAUAUAUAUAUAUUUAAUCUUAUUCAAUGGAAGCCAAGCUUUUAUUGUUUGUUUUUUUUUUGUUGGUUUUUUAACUUUGAUGCUAUGUAGACAACCCCUGCCCAAAUCAUCUUUUUUUCUUUUUUCUUUUUUUCUUUUUUCUUUUCUUUUUUCUUUUUUCUUUUCUUUUUUUUUUAUUUUUUUCUUUUUUUUUUAUUUUUUUUUUUUAAGUAAAUGAAACAAAUUGAGUCUUAACUCACGUAGUGUGCCAGGUUUUUUUUCCCCUUCAAAUCCCAAACUGUAUGAGGAUGCAGUAUGGGAAGAAAGAAGAAGAAGAAAAAAAAAAAAAAAAGAAAAAUUAUGCCAACAUUUUCCUUAGCACUGUUGCUUUUACCAAUGGUUUACUACUACUGUUCUGUAGCUGUGUACAAAGAGAUGUGAAAUAAUUUCAGGCAAAAAUAAAAUGUAAGUGAAUAUCUUUUAGCUGCAUGCUUUGUGUUUUCUUUGAAGGAAGCUUUCGCCGGCCCGAUGACGCAGGGAUGCUGUGGGAGGCGCAGAGACCCCAGAGCCAGAGGACGACAACUUACCG